AUGUCCACAGACGGUAACCUGCAUGUCCUUCUCGGAGCUGCAGAGCGUAUCAAAUUUCACGAGAUUGCCCUGCAGCAGACCAAGUGCAGAAGGAGCGACGUACGACAGAUGAAUGACGGUACACUCGUCGUUCGUGGAGAGAAGGCUCCGUCGCGAAAUGUAGGGGGUGUUGGUUUUGUUGUGCACCCAUCUGUCGUCCAUGGUGACGAUUUUCACGAGAUCCUGUCACCUCCUCUAGUCAUUCUUCGCCUCCGCCCUUUGCGCCAAAACCCCCUCAGUAUCAUCAACUGCUCGCCAACAUCAGCAGAAUCUGAAUUGGACGCGUUUUACGAGGAGCUGGAGCAAGUGAUCCGCAGCGAGAAGUCCUCCUACAAAUUCGUUGUCGGCGCAAAACUAGAAAAGGCUACAGAACAGGAAUACACGAUCACAAGAUUUUGA